UCAACCUCAGUGGUUGCAUUCCCAGUAAUUACCGGAAAACAUAAAUUGUUCCACAUGUUCGUAGGCACUUGUCUACAUGAACAUUCUAUCUUAAAACAUCCCCAGUCACCAAUUGUAAUCAAAAAGAUUGGUUAAAGAAUAUACUCAAUAUGAAUUUUGGUAGUUGGAAAAUUAUUCUAGCUCUUAUUAGUUUAAAGACAUAUCCCAAGACAUCGGCACAUACAACCGCUACAACUGGAUUCGUUAACUUUGAGGAAUCAAAUAAUUCAGGAAUUGAUCCCAAAGAAACAUUAAACGAAAAUUCUACUGUUGUAAAUGGAACCUACUUGACAGAGAACUUAAUAUCUACUAGCAGUAGUAAUCCUGCCCAAACUUCUUUUGAGAAGCCAAUAGAACCCGCGGACUGCUCCCAGCGUGAAAAAAACAGAAAACAACCAGUUGCAAAACGAUCGUCACGCUUGCGAAAAUGCUGUCCACACGGAGAAAAUCUAGAUAUCUAUCGCGAAAAUCAAAGUAAUUCUAUGUGCGACAACGGUGUUUUAAAUUUUCAACCGACUAUAAUAAGUGCGGUUCUGUUUGAUAACUGCAUUGAAGACUUAGAGAUUGAGACUUCUUUAGACUAUGACAUUGGAAAUCCGUGUAACAGCUCCCUUAUAUAUGACGACGAAGAGGACGUUUUUUUCGUUUUACAAGACGGAAGCUUGUUAAUUAUUGACAAGUUUGGAAAUGAGUCGUAUACAGUCGAAGAAAAUUACUGCUUGGAUAUUGAUAAAUCUGGACAUUUCUUUGCCUUUACAUGUGUUACACAAGUUGAAGAACAAAUUGCAUUCGCAAAAGUAAUUUUUGUUGCUGUUUUAAUGCUGAUAUCUAUGCCCUGUCUCUUAUUAGUUAGUUAUUUGCACAUGACACUUCGCUUAUUGCGCAACUUACAUGGACUCUCUCUAAGUUUGAUGUCAUUGUGUUUGGCUUCUGGAUACUUUGUGCACUCUGUGGUGCAUAUAUAUGGCAUCCCAAACCAAGGCUUUAUUGGCUACGUUAUACAGUUUUGUAUUUUGAGCUAUUUUUUCUGGUACUUCUGCAUAUGCUUUAAUGUUCUCCUAAAUGUGUGGUACAAGUUGCCAUGUUGCAUUCAGCUUUCUAAGUCCUGGGCCACGUUUAAUUUUGCGUGUUAUACUGUUUUGGCUUUUUCUGGACCGGCUACAAUAGUUGCCCUAACAGUCCAAAAGGGUUUGCCAGGAAUGCCUUCUUACUUUCUGCAAGGCCUGACGGAAUCUAUACGAGACUCACAACGUUACUUUAUUCCUCCGGUUUCCACAAUACUGUUUCUUAGUUUCUUGAUUAACAUUAUAUCAUUCUUCGGAUUUCAACGUAUGAAUGGAUACGAAAAAUCUGAGAAAGGGGAUCAAGGACAGCGAAAUUCGUUUGAUCAACAAAAAUAUGAAGAAGUAAAAAAGGACGCCAAAUGCGUCAGCUUACUUGGAAUAAUUAUGGUCAUAAGCUGGCUACUUGAAAUAGUCACAUUUUACUCAGGAUCGAAUUCUAAUUACCUGCUUCUUUGCGAUAUGGUAAAUGGCCUUCAAGGAGUUUGGGUACUGCUUAUUUUUCUUGUUGUACGAAGGCGCCGCACAAUAAUUUUAAGGUGGUGGUAUGAUCGUGGAUCCCACGAAAUUGAAGGAACAGAAUUGCAAGCUCUGAGUAAUAGUAACAAUCCCACUUUGACAUAAAUCAUGUUAUAACAUUAUAA